AAGUUCUGCUGUUGUGGUUGUACACUGUGACGUGCUACUGUACUGUGUCGAACGCAAAGUGAAUGUGCCGAACCAAUCAGUUCCACGUACCGGAGGACAUACUAGUUGAUUGGGGUUGUUUUGUGGAUGUGAAGGCCAAAACUGGCACCAAACCAAAUUCAUCCCUCAACUUGCCAACCGGAUCAGACAGCCCACGCAGAAAUUCCUGUGCUCAUUUUCAACCCCAUGGUCAAAAUAGCCAGGGGAUACGGUACGGGGCGAGAGCACAUUAGGUAGUGCAUCACUUUCCGCAUAGGGAUCUUACUGAAUUUUGCUUCUUUGCUUGAAAGAGGUUGCGUUGCUUGGGGAGCUCCUGAUAUGAUGGGUGUCGGUAAGAGAGCCCAUCUAGCUAGGUGGUGCUGCGGCGCCACCUGAGCACUUAGUUUCGUUUGAGCAUCGGCGGGUGUGAUAGCAGCUGUAAAGCGAACUGCCUGGGUCGAGCUAUCAUAGGUUCGGGAGUGGAACUGGAGGUACGACUGAGCUGGACGGGCCAAGACAAGACACUACUCUUUAGCAGAGAUUAGCACCAAGCAAGCUCACUCUGGGCUCUUAGCAAGGCUUUCCGAUCAAACCACCACUCCAUCUCCACAAAGCUCUCAUUAAUUCAAACUGCCAUACACAUCAGCACAGCAAGCAAGACAAGAGAACGGCAACCCAGCAGGAAACAUUAUGCUCCGCAAUCACUUGGUCCUCAUCCUCUUGUUUCUACUUUGUAUCUCUUCAAGUGGACAUCCCUCCAUAACCAAUCGCACUGUGCAGGGUAUAGCAGCUGAAGGAGAUUGCUAUGAUAUUGACAUAAUUGAUUCCAGUUAUUGGCCUGGAGACUAUGGACCUUGUAGUGAUCAUGCUUUGAGAUUUUUUUAUAGAAUUGCUGGUGGUGAUCCAGCGGAAUUAUAUGAUUUUGAUUACAACAAUGCUCGAUGGGAAAUUGUUGACAACUCUAGCCUUCUUGUGGGGUUUGGAUUUUAUGCUCACAUUGGGUGUUUGGAAGACUUCUCUGAUGGUGCGUGUGAAAGUGCCUCAAUUACAAACUAUGAGACUGGAGAGUGGCGAUCAUGUAAUUCUUGCAGAAUGGAAAGGAACAUUGCUGUUAUUGACGACUGUGGCGGCAUGGAAGAUUUGUUUGCAAACUCAAGCUUCCCUCUCCGUGUGGAGAUUGGAAGUGAUGGUGUCCCUUUGGCCGACGGCCGUUGUGUGGACCCGUCUGCAUUCCCAACCAUGCUGCCCUCAAUUGCAGACACUGCUGCAUCUUCUUCAACUGAUCGCACAGGGCUUUGUCCCAAGCCAGGAAAUGGCGACAUUUGUGUCAAUGAAAAGAACCAUAAACAGUGUCUCGGGCUGGUCAAGGAAGGAUGCACCAAAGUGUUCAUCUUGGAAUCUUGCCCUGUUCAGUUUAGGUGUGAAGUCUUUGAGGAAGAUGUUGGCUGCACAAGGGACCUCAAACGCUGUGCUGAUGGUUCGCAUGUGGGCCGGUUGCCACCAAGCUGUAUGUUUGAACUUUGCCCCGAGGAAGUCAUGUGGAGCACCAACACAGACCAAGAUACUGGACCUGAUGCCAGCCUGCAAGGUGGACUCAGAGGCAAUCAAGUCAAACUGUUGACCUUCAAGGUCACCAUGGCCUUUUCGUUUUUCCCCAAUGACCAUGAUGAAACACCAAAUGAUGGAGAUGCAGAAGAGCUAGUUGGUGUGGUACAUGAUUUCUUCAAGGCAAGAUACCAUGAGAGUCCUCAGUUUGAACUUUGUGGGUUUCAAGACUUGGUUGUCUCCAAUGUGGAUCAUGAGUUCUUUGGUGCCCUUGGCGAAGGAGAUGAUCAUUACUUUGCAAUCAACUUUGAUGCAACUCUUAUUGUUGGGAGAGGAUGUAUGGCCAAAACUCAUGAUGCUACAGAUUUGAUGGCCAACAAACGGCAUCUGAACCAAUUUAUUGCUGAACUCACAAGAGCCAGUCAGCAAGGUAAGCUCAAAAGCAAUGCCUUUUCCCAUGCACAAAAGGUAAAGUUACGAGCUGUAGGCCAUGGGGCAUGAUAGGUAGAUCUAAAACGAAGUACAUGUAGAGAUUGAGUUUUACUUUGUUU